CUAUUUUUUUUAUACAUAGUCAUAACUCAUAAGUUCUUUCCAUAAUUAAGAGUAUAUUUAUUUUUACUAUUUGGUCAAACUUGUUUUUUGAGUAAAAAAAUAAAGGAAUGAGACUAAAAAGACAAUGAGAAUGGAAAGCGUUAAUAAUCGAGAUUCAUAUGAUGACCACUGAGUGUGUUUCAAAUAUGUAUUGUAACUGACAACUACCAAUACAAUAGGACACAAAAAGAGAGGCAGAAUCCUCACUGUGUCUUAUGUAACCACAUCCUAGGUACGUAAUAUAUAGAAGAAGACAUGUAUGUAGUAGUAUAUGCUUGAGAUUAUUGUGUCUUUCUUUUCACAUAGUUAUGGUUUGUGAAGUGGAGGAAUCCUCCUCCUCUGCUGAAUCCAGCUUCCGUGAACUCGACGAUGCAUUCUUGCAGACUCAAACGAGAAUAUGGCUAGGAGAAGUAUUGCAGAUAAGAUUAGAUGACCAACUCAUUAUAUCAGAAUUACUUGCUGAUGGAGAAUUGCUGUUUGAAGUGUCAAAAGUGAUGUGGAAAUUGCUGUUGGAAAAGCAUAUGGAGCUUAGGCACAUAAAAUCAUACAAAAGUCACCCAUUUGCUUCUAGGAGGAACAGUGGGAUGUAUAGGCCUUAUUCUAAUGUUGAUUCAUUUCUGAAGAUUUGCAAAAUCUUAGGGUUGACUGGAGUUGAUCUGUUCACUCCAUCAGAUGUAGUUGAGAGAAAAAAUACUCGAAGAGUUUGUAUAUGUAUUCGCUCAUUCUCAAAAAAAUCAAGGUCUAUGAAUGUAAAUGUUCCAGAUUUUGAUAUUGUGACAUGUAUGGUAGCCAUGCCCAAGGAUAUGGUUAGAUGCAUCCGCAGAAGCAUAGAACUGUCUCAAAGCAUCCUUGCAGAUUCUUCUAAUCAUCACUUACAGAACCCUUCGAGACGGAAAUCUAAUCAGGGCUACUCAUUUACAAGCUCCAAUAGAGACUACUUGACAUAUUCAGACCCUGAUAGUGACAGAGAUAUCAUGCAUCCAUUUCCUCAAUUAUAUGAUUUACCUGCUGAUGACUUGUAUGAUUACAAGUCAGAGAUAAACUACAAUAUACCGUUUCUAACGGGUGAAAGUGAUUUUGUGUCCGAAGAUUUAGAUCAAUUGGAUAUUCAAAAUCAACAGAGAAAUGAGAAUUCUAAUGACGAGUUGGAAAUCUUAUCCUCAAUGGAAUCUUCAGAAUAUAAUGUAGAGGAAUCUUCGGAAUACAAUGUAGAGCAUGAACAUGAUUACAAGCUGAUUGGUAUGACAUCUCCUUUAGAUACUAGAGUAGAGCAAGUCCAAGAAAGUAGGACCACAGACUUUGAUUUCUUUGAUCAUGUUUUAUCAAGAAACAAUGCUUCUGUCAUCUGGACUCAUAUGAGUACGAAUGACAAAACAUCAAUUAUAGAUGCUGCAUCGUAUGCAAAAAACAAAAGGGGCUCUGAUAUGAUUGGGGAAGUAAAUAGUAAACCAAAUGUACAUAAAAGUGCUAGCUCUCACGGUUCAAACCAAACUCCACAGUCUAUUGAAAGUGGUAGAUGUUUUGAUCUUUCUGAUAAUAUGGAGGUUCUUCAAGUAGCUGGCAUGAGCUGUUCGACAAGGGAACCACUGAACUUAGGAGAUCUAUUUGAUGCAGAGAACAAUGUCCAGAACAUUGAGUCCUUUAAAUCGCACAAUGACAAAAAUGAUCAACGGGACAAGAUAAAAGAAUAUGAAGCUCAAGACAUAAAAUGCAAGGAAUUGGCAUACGGUAUCACUUCCUGUGCAAGAAAUUCAUAUUCUGCAAAUAAAUUUGAGGAAAUCGAGCAUUCAUUAUACUCUCCUGACUGCCACUUCUGCAAUACUAACUCAUCAGAUAGAGAUGCAUCUCAUUGCAAUGAAAUCAGUUCAACUAUACUGGAAAAGUCUCUAGCAGAUGAAGGCAUGGAGUCUCAAGUUGAUUCGAGGUGCUUGGAUAAUGCUAGUUGCAACCAACCCGGGGAGCUUCUGUCCUGUCACUCUUAUUAUUUGCCUGAGUUUUGUAAAUGGGAUCAGAAAGGAAAAUGUGCUACGACAUCAAAUACUGUGAAAGAUAGCCAAAGUUCCUCAUAUUUUUUGGAAGAUGGCUCUCAAAAGGAAAAUACACCUUGUAAACAAAAGGAUUCCAAAGUCUUGAUGUCUAAGGUUAUGUUGUCCUGUGUGCCAAACAUGGAAGGUGUAGUUAGAGCAGCUGCUAUUAAGUUGGGCAGUGACGGUAAACUAAACAAUGGUUGUUUGGAUCUUGCAUCUGAUGCUCUAGGUGUAGAAAAAUGUGAAAGAUGUCUCACUCAAGAUGACGAUACUAACGGUUCCUGUGAUGAAGGUAUUACAGCUCAAGACAUUGACGAUGGAGGUCAGAGAAUACUAGAUAUGAUAACCAAUGAUGCUGUAGCUCUUACUAACUGUGAUGAUGUGUCUCACAUUGGAUGUGGCAAAACAAAUCAAAGCUCAAAACUUGAAUGCAAUGAUGCUCAUCAGGCAUGUCAAUACUACGAGGAUCACAUUUACCAUCCAGAACAUGCUGACAUGGUGCGUAUUAAUGAAGUAAAACUAGAAGAUGAGAGCGUGCACUCUUUAGAAACAGAAGGAGGCAGUGUAGAAAUACCAAAAUUAAAACCCAAAAAGAAGCAACUGUUAAUAACAGUCAUGGGUGGUGCCGCCGCCGCUGGUUUAUUAUUCAUGUUUUUGCAUCUAAGGAGGAAUGUUGGAGAAAAAGUUGCACAACCAAGUAAAACAUCAAGUCAUAAAAACAAAGAGAAGGGUCAGAAAAACUCAACGCAGAAAUCAAAAAGGAUAAAUCAAACAAAAGAGGUUUAUCCAGCUGAAAAUAUCCAGUUAAAGUGAUUCGGGUUUAGGUCUUUCAUAUACAAAUAAUAAUAAAGGUUAAAAAAGGCAUUAGAUUUGUUUUUAUUAGAUUCAUUUUUUAAUGAAUUUUAUAACUUAUUCAUUCUGUGUUCCCUUCAAUAAAAUAAAAAAAAAUAUUCAUUCUG